CCCUACUUCGAGCUUUUACCAGCCGUACCUACAGUCGUACGUACAAAUUACUACCCUUUGCCCAUGGCGCAUGUUGAGACAAAUAGCACAGCGCUGCCUGUAACGACACAAUCGACAAAAAAUUUGAUUCACUGCAAGAGAAGCAUCGCUUCAUUUACAGGCAGCAUCAAAACUACGACCCUGACUAGCUUGUUCCAAGCUCAUCAUGAGUACCCCUCUCGAGGACAAGGAAGUGCCACGAAAGUUGCGGAAAGCGUUCGAAAAAGAAAAAAAGAAAGCUAGAGCUAGAGCUCUUCAUUCGCAGCCCCUUCGCAAAAUCAACACACAAGGUCUACAAUACCUACGGAAAAGUCUUGGCCUGCUAUCAGAUUCUCAAAAGGUUGAUACUCUUGAUGCUGUCUUUAUCGCGAUCGAUUUCGAGUACAGCAAUUUUUCUGCAAAGACUGGCCGCAUACGAUUAAGAGAAGUCGGAAUCUCAACACUAGAUACUCGCGAUACUCGAUAUAAAGAGCCAGGGAAAAUCAUAUCUUCACAACAUUAUCGAACUGUUAUGGAUACAAAAGAAUUUCUCUUUGGGGUGUCAAUCGAUACUACACAAGAUGACCUUGUUAGUCUAUUAAAGCAUCUAUUAUAUCCUGAAAACAAUAGUGGCAAACAACCUCGACAGCUUAUACUUGUUGGACACGGGUUCAGUUUCGAGAUUCAAGUUUUAAGAGGACUUGGUAUCAACUUAGCACUUGCACCUAUAGUUGAGAAUAUCUUAGAUACACACUAUCUUGGUAUUGAAGUUUUUGGUCAAGAUUUUAGCCUGAGUCGUCUUACUAGACAACUUGGAUUGGAAGGAAGUCAUUUUCAUAAUGUAGGCAAUGAUGCAAAAUUUUCUCUUCGGGCAAUGCUAUUGUUAGCAACCCACAAUUUGUUAGAGGCCGAAAGUUCCCAACAGUCGAGAUCGGAAAUAUACGAGAGGAUCGCUCGAUUCUAGAGCAGGCAGUAUACUAAAUAUGACUAUAUCCUAGGUGAGAGGGGUGAGCAGAGGUGAAGUAGCAGGAUGCGCACAAGAAGGCUGGUGAGGAUGGGUGAGGUCGAGGUGAAACGAGGGUGAGCAAAGUGGCAGAUACGUUCGCGGUGGCUCGGUAUACCCGUAAAGUGAGGUGAGGAUUGGCGCGAAAUAACAGCAAAGGCUGGAUUCUGUA